CCCUCAACCCGCUGGUGGGAAUUCUGGAUUGGGUCGCGGAUACUACUAACUCUGACCGCAGAGGGUCUCUGUCACGCUUCCCCUGGGUGGUGGCACUGGGGAUGGUGGGCCAGACGAAGGCAGGGCAGGCAGGAGCAAGCACCUCACCCCUGAGAAUGACAAGAUGCAGAAACCGGGGCUCAGCGCUCCUCACGGUCCCACCUCAUAGCGUGCCAGGAUGGUUGGUGUACCAGCCACGGCCUGCGAUCGUCUUCCUAGCUGCCGAGCCUCUCAGGGACCUGCCCCUGGGAGGCCCGGCCCUGGUGGUGCUUCUGGCUUUCUGGGUGGCACUAGGCCCCUGUGACCUGCAGGGGACAGAUCCUGGAGCAUCAGCAGAUGCCGAGGGCCCCCAGUGUCCCGUCGCCUGUACCUGCAGCUAUGACGACUACACAGAUGAGCUCAGCGUCUUCUGCAGUUCCAGAAACCUCACACAGCUGCCUGAGGGCAUCCCAGUCGGCACCAGGGUCCUGUGGCUGGACGGCAAUAACUUCUCCUCCAUUCCCUCAGCGGCUUUCCAAAAUCUGUCCAGCCUGGACUUCCUCAACCUGCAGGGCAGCUGGCUGAGCAGCCUGGAGCCCCAGGCCCUGCUGGGCCUGCAGAACCUCUACCACUUGCACCUGGAGCGGAACCUGCUCCGCGGCCUGCCUGCUGGCUUGUUCACGCACACACCCAGGCUGGCUUCACUCAGCCUGGCCAACAACCUCCUGGGCCGGCUGGAAGAGGGGCUGUUCCAGGGCCUCGGUCACCUCUGGGCCCUCAACCUGGGUUGGAAUAGCCUAGUGGUACUGCCGGACACGGUGUUCCAGGGCCUGGGCAACCUCCGGGAGCUGGUGCUGGCCGGCAACAAACUGGCUUACCUGCAGCCUUCGCUCUUCUGCGGCUUGGGUGAGCUGCGCGAGCUGGAUCUGAGCAGGAAUGCACUGCGCAGCAUCAAGGCCAACGUCUUCAUACACCUGCCCAGGCUGCAGAAGCUGUACCUGGGCCACAACUUGGUCACAGCUGUGGCCCCUGGUGCCUUCCUGGGCAUGAAGGCACUGCGCUGGCUGGACCUGUCCCAUAACCGCGUGGCAGGGCUCCUGGAGGACACCUUCCCAGGCCUGCUGGGUCUGCAUGUCCUGCGCUUGGCGCACAAUGCCAUCACUAGCUUGCGGCCGCGGACUUUCAAAGAUCUGCACUUCCUGGAGGAACUGCAGCUUGGUCACAAUCGCAUCCGGCAGCUGGGCGAGAAGACAUUUGAGGGCCUGGGGCAACUGGAGGUGCUGACCCUCAAUGACAAUCAGAUCCACGAGGUCAAGGUGGGUGCCUUCUUUGGCCUCUUCAAUAUGGCUGUUAUGAAUCUCUCUGGCAACUGUCUCAGGAGCCUCCCGGAGCGGGUGUUUCAGGGGCUGGGCAAGUUGCACAGCCUGCAUCUGGAGCACAGCUGCCUGGGCCGCAUCCGCCUGCACACUUUCGCCGGCCUUUCAGGGCUGCGCAGGCUCUUCCUCAGGGGCAACGGCAUCUCCAGCAUGGAAGAACAGAGCCUGGCAGGGCUCUCUGAGCUGCUGGAGCUCGACCUUACCGCCAACCAGCUCACGCAUCUGCCCCGCCAGCUUUUCCAGGGCCUUGGCCAGCUCGAGUACCUGCUCCUCUCACAUAACCAGCUGCCCAUGCUGUCUGUGGAUGUCCUGAGACCCCUGCAGCGGGUCUUUUGGCUGGACGUCUCACACAACCGCCUGGAGGCGCUGUCUGAAGGCCUUUUCUCACCACUGGGGCGGCUGCGCUACCUCAGCCUCAGGAAUAACUCUUUGCAGACCUUUUUGCCACAGCAUGGCCUGGAGCGCCUGUGGCUGGAUGACAACCCCUGGGACUGCAGCUGUCCCCUCAAGGCACUGCGUGACUUUGCCCUGCAGAACCCCGGCAUCGUGCCCCGCUUUGUUCAGACUGUCUGUGAGGGGGAUGACUGCCAGCCGGUGUAUACCUUCAACAACAUCACCUGUGCCGGCCCUGCCAACGUCUCAGGCCUCGACUUACGAGACAUCGGCGAAACUCACUUUGCGCACUGCUGACCCUGGCCACUACUGGCCUGGGUUGGCCUAAUGCCGCCUUGUGAUCAGGACAGUCUCUCACUGUUACCAGAAUAAGCUGGCUCUCCAAGCCAGUGGGGGAGGGAAAAUACCUGCCCAUCUCUAGGGGCCAGGCCUGGGCUGCUCACUUCCUGGAAGCAGAGCAGUACUGGCAGCUAUGCGGCCUAAAUUCAGAAAGGCUGGGCGCAGGCUGGGUGCCCGAGGGCCCAACCAGGAGGGAAGUGCUCAGCAGCGCUCCCUGCUGGCAACAAUUAAAUCAACCUUCAGUGUGAACUUGGGGAAAGGUG